AUGAACCACGCCCACGAAGCUACCGCUGCCGCUGUCGCCGGUCAGAAGACCUUGGAUAAAGCAAUGCAUGAGGCUAAACCGCGCAAAGUGGAUGAACGGUGCGAGGCCACCCGCAUGAAGAUACGCGCCGAGGCAGUGCACCUCUGGGAGGAGUUGGUAUCAAGGCAAGCUGGAGAGAGGACCAUGAUGGAGCAGGAACAUGCGAAACAAAUUGCCGAACUGAAAUCAGACAUCGUCAACAGAUCACUUAACGCUGAGAACGAUGCCAACUCCAAGAACCUCGGAAUUGAAGAGGGUUCCCAGAGGGAAAGACCACCUCUAGACACAUAUACAGCAAGUCGAGAGACGGCAAAGAGGUUCAGAGGGUCGGACUAUUCCACCAACUUAUCAACUCCUGCCUCAUUUUACAACAUAGACAAACAUAGGAGUCGGGCGGAUCCUGAUGGAGAUACAACAAGCGGGACUACAAAGGCUUCUCAGGCCAUCAACCAGGACAAAUCUGAUCAAACCCGUCCUCGCCACUCGUCCUUCAGCACUGAUGAAGAUAUCUGGGGAUCAUCUUCCCAUCGUAGAAGUGUGGGAGGAGCUCUGCCUAGCACCCACAGCCAGAUCGAUCAGUACUAUCAAAAGGAUUCGCUCGUCGUCGCUCCGAAAAUCCCUAAAUGCGCCCGUCAACGUCACUCUGAUCAUCUUGUUGAAUCAAGUCCGUAUUUACCAACAAACAGAGCUCAAUAUGAUGGGUAUCAGCCAAGCUCCUCCGCUGGUACAUCUUCGAAAGGCUUUACGGCUACUAUCUUUGAUAGUCUAACUCCUCCCGAUCACUUGUUGCCAACUUCUACUACCGGCAUACGUCGAGAAGAUCAAAACUCAUUAAGAAAUCCAACCUCAGCUUCAACCAUCCCCAUUCUGCGGAGCGUUUCACUUGCGUCAAGAAAGUCAGAAUCAGGCUCGAGUGUGGACAGACCUAGGAAUGAACCAGGCUUCUCUGAGGAAUCAACUCCAGCUUCGGCCACUAUCCAGACUCACCACAAGCUUCGCAGAGAUUCAACCCCCUGUCCAGAAAGAACUCGUUCUUUCAAACGUAGCAGGUCUGAAACUCCCCCCUCCGGAGAGGAGACCGAAACAAUAUCGACAAUUAUGCCACGAGUCCAUUCGCAUACCUUUUCUAGAAAAGCUUCAGGAAGUGAACCGCGAAAGACUCCAAAGGCCCGUGGAGGAGUCCAGCUCGAUAAAUUCCGUUUCGAAACGAAAAUGCUCAGCUACGGCCCUUCAGAGGCGAGUAAUCAGUUGCCGAUAACAUGGCGUAAUGGUAUACAGCUCCAGUUAAACUAUAUGAAGCAGAUUUUCGAACCCUACCAGGGAAUUGAGAAACAAACUAGCAUAUGUCGUGACAUGGUUCUGAAUGGAACUUGGGAUGGGAAAGUAUUCUACCAUUCUGAAAGCGCACGCUUCGAAAUCUAUCGAAAGAAUGGCGCAAGGCUUAGAAUCCUGUUUAAGAACAAAGCAGAGCUUGACGACUUCAUGAGAUACUUCAAGCCCAACUUCAAAGAUCGUGUAACGAGUAUUGAAGAAAGGUGUGUCCAUCUUAUUCUUACAAUAUUCUUGAAUCCUCUUAUUGCAUGUACCAAGCUAACAUCAUUCUUUCACUCUUUAGUGCUCUUCUUGCUGGUCUGGAUAACUUUUGUGUGGAGGGAGCUGAGUCGCAUCCAAGCAUGUUACAAUGACUUCUACAAAUGGUGGUAG